AUGUCUGGUAAAUAUUCGGGAAAGUCGGGCAUCGUCAUCGCUAUCGAUAUUGGGACGACGUCGUCCGCUGCCGCUUACUGCAUUAAAAUGCCAGGAGAAAAGUUGAGGUUGGAAGUGGUCAACCAGUGGCCAAUGCAGGUAACUUCGACGCUACUGUUUAGAGACUCUGUCGAUGUCGCGCAGCCUAAUAGCGACGCCAAAGUCAAGACAGCAAUUCUGUAUAAUCAUGCAGGUGAAAUGGUUGCAUUCGGAGCAGAAACUGAGAAUGAUGGUGACCUUCAACAAGAGCGUCAAGGCAAUCUACACCGCGCGGAAUGGUUCAAACUUCACUUUGGGCCCAGCACCCUCCGCAACCACCCGGUAGUCAAGCCAUUGCCCCAUAUCCCAGUCACAGUCGAUGAUAUGUAUAAAGAUGCCCUGGGCUACUGUGUCAAGCAAAUCGAAAAUACUGUUCUCCAACGCUCUCCCAGAGGUCGCAAGCAGUGGGAAGAGUUGUCGCCGCAGAUGACUGUGGUCCUCACUACGCCAAAUGGAUGGAUGGGGGCCGAGCAGCAUCGCCUGCGGAAGGCCGCCGUCAGGGCUGGUCUUGUGCCCAGUAGCGGGGAAGAUCGUGUCUUGUUCCUAUCUGAAGCCGAGGUCGCAGGAAUACACUUUGCGAUAGAGAAUGGCUCUUUGGUGAAAACGGAUUGGUUGAAGCCGGGAAGCCAUCUCAUCGUAUGCGAUAUCGGUGGCGGAACGGUUGACACAACACGGUACACGGUGAUUAGCAGUCGUCCCAGUCUCAAGUUGAAGGAGUCCUCGAUGCCAUUGUGCUCUAUGGCGGGAGGCUCCACGGUCACCAUGCGUGCACGGGACUGGCUUCAAGGACAGGCUUUGAAAGGCACCAAUUGGGACAACGAGACUGAGAUGAGCCAACUCGUUGAACGAUUCGAUACAAAAACAAAACAAAUGUUCACCGCUGGUGACAUGUUUCUACCUCUUGGCGGGGCGGCGACGACGAAACGCAUCCCUCGUCGGGGCUUCACUGUCGAGAUUGAUCAAGGCUACCUAAAAAUUCCAAAUGCUACUAUGCGGUCAUUUUUCGCUCCAUCCCUGGAGCAAAUCGAGCAUGAUAUUGAUUUUGCGACCAAAAAUGUUGAAGGCCAGGUCAUUGCUACGAAUGUCCUCAUUGUUGGACGGUUCGGUGAUUCGCGUUAUCUGUAUAACGAGCUGUGUGCUUGGGGCCAGCAACGUGGUCUGAACUUCACCAAGCCGGAAAACAUGAGCUCCAAAGGCACUGUGAGUGGGGCAUUAAGAUGGGCCCUGUCGCCGCUCGUGCAUGAACGGCUGGCCAAGUUCCACUAUGGCACAGAUAUACGUAUUCCGUUCGACCAGAAUAAUCAAGAGCACCGACGGCGCCCCGAAUCGAUACUCCAGACGCAGCAGGGGGAGGUUCAGAUACUGCGCGCGUGGGGGAGCAUCGUCGAGAAGGGUGUCGACAUACCUGCCUCCCAAGAGUUCAUUUCGUCUUAUGUCUACGAACUCGAUGCUAGAGAGACUCAACUCGUUAGAGAAGAGAUAAUCUACAUCUAUACCGGCCACGGCCAUUCGACAACGCCGCCGCUCUUCUUAGAUCUUCCCUCAAACCAGUCAGCAGCUGAUCGUCGUCCCGUCCUCCAGCGCGGGGUCGAGGUAUUCUGCACAAUCCAGGCCGACCUGACUCGCUGCUUCCGGGCCACCCCCUCCCAUCGAACACCUUCCGGUGCUCUUUUCAAAGAAGUCAAGGUCGACGUUUGCCUGCGUCUAGGCUCCACAGAGUUUCAAGCAUGGCUACAAUGGCUAGAAGAUGGCAAUCUUCAGCGAGGUCGGGCAACAGUCGUAUUCAACUAG